AUGAUCCAACCUAUUUUUGACAAGAUUUCAGUUUCAGAAACUUCAAACACACCCAUAUUGAAGGAUUCGACGGACCCCAUGAUCGUCCAAAAGUCUUGUCAUCCGAGACAUCCAGAGCGAGUCGUGAUCACACCGACCACCUCAUUGCAGCUCUUCCUGGAGAUGGACAUUCGGCUGAAGACCCAUGCACAAAACCCGAAUGCAUCUACCACAAAAUCCAUCACAAAUCAGCAAGCCACACGAAAACAAAAAGCCAUCGUAAUAUGUGGUUUUGCUGCGAUCGGGAAGUCAACCUUCAAGGCUGCGUGUGACAAGGCAUACGAUGGCGAUCGAGUGAUAGACCUCGACUCGAGUCUUUUCCCAAAGGGGCCGACAUGGCCGAACAACUAUCUCGAGGCAAUCAGAGAGAGACUAAGCGAGAAGUGCAUUCUCAUGAUUUCGACACACAAGGACAUUUAUAGUCGGCUGCUCGAGGAGGGUGUCGCCCUCAUCCUGGUUUACCCCAAACGGGAACUCAGGGCAGAGUGGUUGGAGAGAAUACGGAAGCGCGAGGCAGAUGCCGGAAGUGAUGCAGCUGCAAGCAUAUGCGGUGUGGUGAAUGACCGAUGGGACGGGUGGGUCAGUGAAUAUGGCGAGCAAAGAGGGUGUCUAAAGUACGAGAUGUCUGAAGGGGAAUAUCUCCAAGGGGCCGUGCAUGAAGUUGUUGACCAUUUCCAUGAGGGCUUCUCGAGCUCAAAAAACGACAAAUAUGAGCUGGUGGAGGACUGA